CUGAACUGCCUCUGUACCGUUCAGAGAUUUCUCUUAAUCGUCUUCUCCAUUUCGCCCUUCGAGGAGGGAAAGGGAGAUUCCUUUCUCUCUCUCUCUCUCUCUCUCUCUGCGAGCCUCUUUGAAGCCAUUGAAGAAGAAGGCACUGAAAGCCUCUCGAUCUGAGAGACGCAUCGCAGAGAGAGAUCGAGCCUCGGUACUACAUUUCUUGCGAUUCAUCGCCUGAAGAAAGGAGAGGAGAAAAUCACAGCACGAUUCGGAUUCGGAGUCAAAUGGCGGUUUCCAGGACGUCUUUUGGAUUUGUGGCUGCCGCUGCGCUCAUCUUUGCCAUCUUCUUGCCGGUUGCUCAGCCUCAGUCCUUGGCUCCGGCACCCGCUCCCACCAGCGACGGGACAUCCAUAGACCAAGGGAUAGCUUAUGUGUUGAUGUUGGUGGCAUUGGCACUCACAUAUCUCAUCCACAACGCUGACUUAUCCAACAGCUUCUAAAAGACUGUAUCAAGCAUUUGGAGAGAACCUCUUUUGAUCAAAAGGGAAGGGAAUUUAGUUAGAAAUGCAAAAGUGGGGUUUGAGGGGACUGGACUUUUUUUCUUAUUUUUGCAUAUUGUAGUUCCUUUGGAACCUCUUUUGAUCAAAGAGGAAGAGAAUUUAGUUAGAAAUGCAAAUGGGUCUUGAGGGAUUUGGAUUCUUUUGCAUAUUGUAGCAGUUCCUUUGGUGUUUCUGUUUUGUUCUUAUUUAUAACGAUGAAAGUCAGUUGGUGUGGUCUUGUAUUGCUGUGUACAGUGUCCUGAGUUUGAAUGCGACUCCUGGCUCCCUUUUCAUGUUUC